GUUUUAUUGAUCGACUUAGUUUAUUUUUUUGCCAACUGUUGGUCUUUGCUCUUCUCUAAUGUCUGGAUGUGCUUGUUGGAGACAGCUGCUAGCAUGCAUGCUUUGCAAAAUGCGAGUAAUUUAACAGGCAAGUUGCAUCAGUCUGUUGAAUGAUAGUUUACUGUCAUUAUAAGAAUGUCCCUGUGGAUAUGAUGGCCAAAUUAACAAAAGCAGUGACAGCUGGUAUUGACAUUCAAAUGUAGAGAGUUAAUAGUUUUUUUUUUGCUCCUGUUCUACCAAAAAAGUUUCACUCUGUUUUAGAUCAGUGCUUCAGAUUGAGGCUAGACUGGAGAGGAACUAAUGUAGAAUAUUGAGAAGUAGCCGUCGAUAUAUGACAUUCAGUUAAAUGAAUCUGCCCUGUGCCAAUAAAUCUCUCUGCUUGAUCAUACUUACUAUACUUGAGACAUAAUCAAAUCAAACGCUUAUAGACUUCUUACACUCUGACCCCUUUUUAUUUAUUUGCAUAUUCCUCUCUGGGCCCUCGUGCCUCUCCUUACUCUUUAAUUAUUUUCAUACCAAAGGUUUGUUCAUUAAUUAAUGAAUUAAAAAACCAAAUGUAUAAAUCCAUUCCGGUUUAGUCAGUGAUUUAAUUAUAUAGUGUUGUAUUGGAAUUCUUUGGCUUUGGAGCUCUGGUCUUGAUUCGUUACUAAUCAAUGUGCAGCUGCAGCAGAGAGAGUGCAUGACCCUACUGUUCAAACAAACAGCUCUGACCAGUUCUGGCUCCAGCCUGCUGCUAGCCUAGCUGCUUUGGGCCUGGCUGCACCUGGAAUAUCUAGCCUGGCUGCCUCCGCUCCUCCUCAUAACCUCGUCUUCUUAGCUGCUUUGCUCGAUUCUGAAAACACCAGAGACAGACCAGAGGGACCCAGUUGGUUAAGGACCAAGGAGCCGAACAGUGACUGUCAACUUUACCUGUUUAGGGACGCCUGAGGUUGUUUCGGAGAUAGCGUUUCAGAUUUCAGACUUGGAUUGUUAGGCGGGGGGGUUGCAAUGGCUCUGAGCGGGUUUGACAUAGACUCACCAAGAUGGGAUCAGUCCACGUUUAUAGGCCGACUGAAGCACUUUGCCAACAUCACAGACUGGAGGACAGCUUUACUGCCAGAUUCUCGACUGGAUGAGGCUAAAACACUGGUGGAGACCUGCAGAGUGGGUUCUGUUCCCCCCGGCACCACAGAGGAACAGCUGCACUAUGCCAAGAAGCUGUAUGACUCUGCCUUCCAUCCUGACACCGGCGAGCGUAUGAACCUGAUUGGUCGAAUGUCCUUUCAGGUGCCUGGAGGGAUGGCCAUAACGGGUUGUAUGCUACAGUUUUACAGGACCGUCCCUGCUGUAGUGUUCUGGCAGUGGGUGAAUCAAUCAUUUAACGCUCUGGUCAACUACACCAAUAGAAACGCUGCUUCCCCCAUCACCACCACUCAGAUAGGAGUAGCCUAUUUAACAGCAACUAGCACAGCUCUAGCUACUGCUGUGGGACUCAACCUCUACACGAAGAAAGCCCCUCCCCUGGUGGCGCGCUGGGUUCCGUUUGCAGCCGUAGCGUCAGCUAACUGCGUCAACAUCCCAAUGAUGAGGCAACAGGAGCUCUUGAAUGGCAUAGCUGUAACAGAUGAGAAUGGAAACAAACUGGGUCAUUCCAAGAAAGCGGCGGUGAAGGGCAUCACCCAGGUGGUCGUUUCCCGGGUUACCAUGGCAGCACCGGGCAUGAUCAUUCUCCCCAUCAUCAUGCAGAGGCUGGAGAAGUACAAGUUUAUGCAGAGGAUCACCUUCCUCCAUGGACCUUUGCAAGUCAUGAUGGUGGGAGUGUUCUUGGUCUUCAUGGUCCCUGCUGCCUGUUCCCUGUUCCCUCAGCAAUGCUCCAUGGCCGUGUCUAAGCUGGAGCCAGAGCUAAGGGAGUCCAUAGUGUCUCGCUACGGGGACAGAGUACCAUACGUAUACUUUAACAAGGGCCUCUGA